UGAUUGUUUACUCUCGACCUUCCUUCAGAAUUUCGUAAAAUUUUCUCUCGUUUGACUCAAUUAUUUUGUGGAAUUUAGACGCCGGAAAUGGGAAAGAGCAAAAGAGAGUACAGAGAGGAUGAGCCAUAUGGAGACAGCAGCCAUACGAGUGACAGUUCGGGCAGCAGCAGCAACAGCAACAACAGCUCAGGCAGUGGCAGUGAGGACAGCUAUAGCAGCGAGCGGGAGAGGAAACGAAAACGUGUGAAAAAGAGCUCGAAGCAGAGAAAAGCCCGGCAGGAGAGCCCCGGAGAGUAUGAGCCCCGGCACGACGACCACAAGCACAGGAGUCGGAAGCACAAGCACCACCACCGCAAACACAAGCACAAACACAGGCACCACCGCCACCAUCGUGGAGGGGAGGAGGAGCACCACCAUGCCAGGAGAGGGACGUCCAGGGACAGGAGUGAGGUCAGACGGAGCAGAGAGGACGAGAGGAGGGGCAGGGAGAGGGGGGAGGAGGACAAGGCCGAGAAGGAGAGAAGAGUAAAAAGAGAUGAGAGGAAGAAUAGAGAGAGAUAUGAAAACAGGCAGGUGAAGAGCAGGUGGGAUGAUGAUGACGAGCCACAGUACGACCCCAACAAAAGAAUCAAAGCAGAGCCAGACCGAGAGGAAGGGAGCAGUAGCAGAGAACACGACAGCAGGAGAGUUGGAGAAGACCAAGGAGGGAGAAGGGAUCGCCGAGAAGGACCAAGGGAGAUCCAGUCGGAGAAUGGGAGAUCUAGAGGCAGUGUUGAGGAAGCGAGAACAGUGGUGAAGGAGAACGUGGAAGACAAUGUCAAGGAGGAGGAGCUGCAGAAGCCAAAUAUGGGACUCUCAGGAAAACUGACCGAGGACACAAAUACCUACAAUGGGGUUGUGAUCAAGUAUUCGCAACCCCCGAGGCGAGAAAAACCCAAGAGAAGAUGGGGGAUGGUGAGUUCUUUAGCUGUUCAUGAGAGAAUUCUACCCUCUUUGUUAAUCAGCUCCCCACCUUCGUUCUCCAGGUACAUAUUCAAAGGUGAUGAAGACCUGCCGUUCUUGCCACUCCACCGACAGAGUGCCUACCUCAUCGGCAGAGAUCGCAAAGUGGCAGACAUCCCAACAGACCACCCGUCCUGCUCCAAACAACAUGCCGUCCUCCAGUACCGACUCGUGACCUACAACCGAGAAGAUGGGACGAAAGGUCGCACGGUAAAGCCAUACAUCCUAGACCUUGAAUCUGCCAACGGGACAUAUGUCAACAACCGCCGCAUUGAACCGCGCCGGUACGUAGAAUUGCUCGAGAAGGAUGUGGUGAAGUUCGGCUACAGCUCAAGGGAAUACAUCCUCCUGCAUGAGGGCUCAAAGGGCGAAGACCAGAACGCGCCUGAUACGGGUAUCGACCUCAGCCCUGUGUCCCUUCUCAGGAGUUAGUUGAGGGGGAGGGGGAGUGUCUACCGAAGUUAAGAACAGAAACAUAAACAAUAAAAGAACAAAAUACAAAAAAUAUAUAUAUACAAGAAUCUAUUUUUACCUUUUGAAAACAUCCCCUCUCAUCCCUCACAUGUAUUUUCUUUUUUUUCUUUUUUUUUCUUUUUUUUCAUCUUUUUCUUUUCUCUACGCAACAAGUGACUUUCGUAUAUAUAUAGGAAUCUUCAGUGCCAUGAUGUGAAUGGUGAGGAUGAUGAUUAGUGUUGAAAACAUUAGUUUAGGAGAGACAAAAUAUUCAGAAAUCUCAGUCAGUAAAGAUUAAAAAAAAAAGACAUGAACUAUACUGUAAAUGUUUGGAUUAUUUUCUUUCAUUUUUUUCUUUCCAUUGAGAAGUUAAAUCUACAGGAAGUGACAAGUUCCUGCUUCCAGAUGUGACUUUUUUUUUGUUGUGGCCUGCAGUACAAAACAAACACUUAAAACACUUAUGAGAUCCAUAUAUAAGAUUUUAAGACAAAUGGUAUUUCAUUUGAUCAUGACAAAAGUGUCAGGGGAUAUGGAUUAUGAAAAGUGUCAGAUAUUUUACAUGUGUCUUUUGUAUAUUAUUCUGCUUCAUUCUCUCUCUCUCUCUCUCUCUCUCUCUCUCUCUCUCUCUCUCUCUCUCUCUCUCUCUCUCUCUCUCUCUCUCUCUCUCUCUCUCUCUCUCUCGCACAUUCGCUCACUCGCUCUCUCUCCCUCCCUCCUUCCUUACUUUUUCCUUUUUUUUUCUCAUUUCUUGCAAAAGUAUAUAUAUAAAAAGAAUCAUAGUGUUUGUAACAAGAAAAGAAUGUGUUUGUCUCUAUAAUUUGUCUCAAUACAGUAAGAUCAUUAUUCAGUAUAUUUGUGAAUAUCACAAGACAUAAUAUAUAUUUAUUGUGACCAAGACAUCUCUCUUUUUUUUAUUUAAUUUUUUUUAUUCCAGAAAUAUCUUCAUUUAGUUUUUCUUAUCAUCAGGAAGUCGGUGAUAUUUUGACCACACAAUAGGGAUUAUCCUUUAUUGUCAGGAAGCAUUUGAUAUUUGUAUGCUCUCAUAUUCUGUAUUGAAUAUCCUUUGGUAUUCAUUUUUGUAUUCCUUAUUGAAUUGCUGGACAGAUUCAGUAAUAUUGGAAAAUUGAUCUUACUUGUACUUAUUUUUAUGGGAUUGUGGGUUUUUCCAAAAUGGUUCUAAAUCAUCCCUAAAUAAAUAUCCUUUUUUUAAAAUAAA